AUGAGUUCCUCAGACAGACAAUGGGUAGAUGCUGCAAGCGGAGGAUCUUUUCUGGAUGAAUUGCCACAAGCUGCUAGAGAGUUGAUUGAACGAAAGGCAACUGAUAGCCAACAAUAUGAAACAAGAGCAAAUUCAGUAACGUCGUUAAGGGGAGUGCACGAAGUUGAGACUUAUCCAGCAAAUGAAAAAAAGAUGAAUGAAAGAAUAGUUGGGUUAGGAAAGAAGCUUGAUGAGAUUGCAAGCUUGUUCAAAACUUCAACUCCAAAAAGUGCAAAGGUGUGUGGAAUUUGUACUUCAACAAGCCAUUAUACUAAUGAAUGCCCUAGCUUAACAAGAACUAUUGUGGAGGAACCAUCUCAAGCUUUUGCUGCCAACAUGUUUGGAGAAAAUAGAACAUCUCAGAAUAAUUAUGACUUGUCCUCUAAUAGGUAUGAUCCAAGUUGGAAAAAUCAUCCAAAUAUGAAAUGGGGUAAUCAACAACACGAGCAACCCUAUGUUCCUCCUCAAAUGAAACAACAACCUCAAUUAGAUGUUGCAUCGGUGGUAGAAAAUUUUAUGAAGGUUGUGGUUGAGCAGAAUGGUGAAGUAAAAACGACGAUUACUAACUUAACUCAAAGGGUGGAGAAGUUAGAAUCUAAAGUUAAUCAAGGAUCAAGUCAACUACCUGCACAAACUGUGGUCAACCCGUGUAAUGUAAGCGCUAUUACUUUAAGAUUGGGUAAGCAGGUACGAGGACUUGAGGAAGCCCAAGAGAAUGAAGAUAAGGAAAAAAAAUUUGCACCCAUUGAUAAAAGUGGAGGAUCAGGCGAACCAAUACCAUGUACAUCUGAGACUCCUACACCCACUAAUAACUCCAAGUUAGUAUCCUCUAAUUCUUCUUCUUCUUCUAAUUCUUCCCAAUCUUAUUCUCCCAUUCCUCCCUAUCCAAACCGUUUGAAACCGAAAACUAAGAAGUUGGAGGAGUUGGACUAA